AUGACGAAUGUUGAUGAACUCUUAACUUCCUUAUCCUCAGAUAUAGCCACCUACACCGGCAAAGACCCUCUUCUUCCUUGGCUUCGAGGAAUCAAAAAGUUGAAGGACAAUCUUCCCUCAAAAACCCUCAACGAAAAACUUCCCGAAUUCUUGCAGAAAUGCGCCCAAACAUUCGAGCUCGACCGACGUUACAAAAACGACUUACGUUACAUUCGAGUUUGGCUCCAUUUGAUGGAUUUUGUUGAUGAUCCGAGUGCGUUACUGAGAACCAUGGGUGUUAAUUUUAUUGGAGUAAAACGUUGUCAAUUCUAUCAAGCUUAUGCUCUUUACUAUGAGAAGAAUAAGAUGUAUGAUGAAGCAGAAAAAAUGUACCGUUUGGGAGCUAAGAACCUUGCAGAGCCCGUGGAAGAAAUGCAGAAAUCUUAUGAACAAUUUCUUCAACGCAUGAAGCGUAAGAAGAAAAUUCAGGAAAUGAGAGGUUCUGAUAGACAUGUAAAGGCUAAAAAUGAUGAGAACAAGAGAUUUCGUGGUGAACAUACAGUCGUAGUGAACAAGUUUGUUGACACUGCCAUGGAUGGAAAGUCUGAGGCAGAAAAUGCAUGCCAUAAUGGACUAGUUGAUCCUACAAUAAAUAUGAAGGAGGCAAUGAAUGCCAUUAACAGCAUGUUCAGUGAGCCACUGGAGACUGUUCCUUUGGCAAGGAAAUCACAUAAAAACGUAUCAAAAGAAAACCGCAAGACAAAUAGCAACUUUGAAGUUUUUGUUGAUGAAAACUUGGACAAUGGAAUCAAACCAAGUGGUUCCUUAUCGGAUCAGCAAAGGACUGAAGCUGGCAAGCCUCACCAAGAAUCAUUCCAGAUAUAUAUUGAUGAUGAAGAACGUUCUGAAGGUUCUACUUCAUCAGCUUCAAAAGUAAAUGGCUCUGUUGUCCCCCGACCUAAGGACGUUCCUUCUAAAAAGUCUAGUGAUAUGGAUGCACACAGAUCUCGGAAUUCAAAGUUCAGAGAGGAUACAGAUGUUCGCAGAUUUGUUGGUUCUGCCAUUUUGGAUGAACCAGAGGUGGAAAAUGUUUGUCACAACGGUUUAGUAGACCCCACAGUCAACAUGAAGGAAGCAAUGAAUGACAUAAAUAACAUGUUUGGGGAACCAAUAGAUUUUGUUAGGAGAAAAAGAUCAGUGAAGGAGGAGAAGGCACCGGUGAACAACAGCGGAAAGGAACUCUGUGGGUUUUCAAUCCUGGCUGAUGAUGAUGUUGACCUUGAGCCGAAACAACGUCCUCCACUACCAAAAUUGCCGCGAAAGUCAAAGGAAUCUGAUUUGUUUGAGCCAACUCUCCACACAAAGGAAGCCAUGGAUGACAUUAACAAGAUGUUUAAUAUGCCUCUGAAUUUUUAG